UGAGGGCGCUGCCUCGGGCGGGCGGAGGCGGCAGGGGGAGCGGGAGCGGGAACAUGGCGGCCACGACGGCGGCGGCGGCGGCUACGGCAGCGGAGCAGCAAAGUUCCAAUGGUCCUGUAAAGAAGUCUAUGCGAGAGAAGGCUGUUGAGCGAAGAAAUGUUAAUAAAGAGCAUAACAGUAACUUUAAAGCUGGAUAUAUCCCAAUUGAUGAAGAUCGACUCCAUAAAACUGGCCUGAGGGGGAGAAAGGGCAAUUUAGCCAUUUGUGUGAUUGUUCUCCUUUUUAUCUUGGCUGUCAUCAAUUUAAUUAUAACACUUGUUAUCUGGGCUGUGAUCCGAAUUGGACCCAAUGGCUGUGACAGUAUGGAAUUCCAUGAGAGUGGUUUGCUGCGAUUUAAACAAGUAUCUGAUAUGGGAGUUAUACAUCCUCUUUAUAAGAGCACAGUAGGAGGCAGACGUAAUGAAAAUUUGGUUAUCACUGGCAAUAACCAACCAAUUGUUUUUCAGCAAGGAACAACGAAACUCAGUGUAGAAAAGAACAAAACUUCUAUUACAAGUGACAUUGGCAUGCAGUUUUUUGACCCAAGGACUCAAAAUAUUUUAUUCAGUACAGACUAUGAAACCCACGAAUUUCAUUUGCCAAGUGGAGUAAAGAGCUUGAAUGUACAAAAAGCAUCUACUGAAAGGAUUACCAGUAAUGCUACAAGUGAUUUAAAUAUAAAAGUUGAUGGGCGUGCCAUCGUCCGUGGGAAUGAAGGUGUAUUCAUUAUGGGCAAAACUAUUGAAUUUCACGUAGGUGGUAAUAUGGAAUUAAAAGCUGAACACAGCAUCAUCCUAAAUGGAUCUGUGAUGGUCAGCACCUCUCGCCUACCAAGUUCUUCCUUUGGGGAUCCGUUAAAUAAUGGUGACUGGGUGCGCUACAAGCUCUGUAUGUGUGCAGAUGGAACUCUGUUCAAAGUACAAGUAACAGGCCAAAAUAUGGGCUGUCAAAUCUCAGACAACCCUUGUGGAAACACACAUUAGAUGAGCUGGAGAGAGAGAGAGAAAAAAAGUCAUCAGUGUGUUUAUACUUGUCUUUGCUUUUUUUUUUUUUAAGUGCAUGCAUGCAAGCCAUUGUUUUUACAGAGUUUAUGAUAAUGCAUUGUAGUUAUUUUAACUGCCUAGCAUUAAUAGAUCUGUUAACCUCUAAAUUUAAAUAUUCUGAAUGAAAAUAGCCAGAACCUUAAAAUUUUCAAUUCAGUUACACUGUGCUGGGUAUCAGACAAAUCUAUUUUUAAAAUAUUAUGAGAAAUGAGUGAAAUCAAAAUGAAACAUUUCAAGAAAUGUUUUUUAAAUAUCAUUUCUUGUCCACAGAACAAAGGGCUGGUUUAGCUAUUAGACUCAGAAUAAGUAAGCUUUUGAUAAUUUUGAGGACUGACCACUCAUUAAAUUACUAAAAAGGUACACAAUCUGUAUAUAAAUAUAUUUUUAAAAUCUGGAAAAAUUGAAAUUUUAUUUAUAGACUCCAUAUGGUUUGGACUUCUAAGAAUAAUGACUUGAGAUUUCAUACUGAACUAAUCAUGGGCCAGAGUCUCCCUUACAUUUCAGUGAGAUCAAAGCAAUUUUAAACAAAUGUGAUAUGUAAUAAGAAAAUAGAAAUCCAGUUAGAAGUCGUGAAGAAAAUAUUUUGUGACACCAGAUUUUUACUUAAAGUACUAUUGAGUGUAACUAUACUAUCACAUAAUACUAAUGAGCAUUCAGUGUUUCAUUCUGGUAGUACUGCAUGAAUAACAUAAGGAAAUAUUUUAAUAUCUAAUCUGAAGCUCUAAAAAGAUGAAAAAGAAGGUAUUUGGUCUUCAAAAGACCAAUUCAAACUAACCUAUAAGGUUUUGUGUGUGUGUGUGUGUGUGUUUUAAGAAAACAAAAUUUAUCCACCUAAAUAGAACAGAAGAGAUAGUAAAAGAAUUUCAUCAGUCAAGAAAACUUGAUUAGUUAUUGCCAAAUUUAAAAAUCAGAAAUAACCUGGUUCCAAAGCACUGCACUAAAAUAAGCCCUAUACAGUUGUUUUCCAUACUAGAGAAUAAUACAAAUAAUUUUUAGGUUAGUACAGUAUCCACUCUUAAAAUCCCCCUCUAUUCCCCAUUCUACCAACAAUUUAAUUGUGUCUAACACAUUUCUUUUUUGUACUAUUAUUAUUUUGUUAAAUAUUAUUUAUAUAUAGGUCAAACAAGCCCCUUUAAGGGGUCCUUAAAGUGAGUUAUUGGCCUACUGUUAAACAGUCAUCAGUGAUGAACCACAGGCACCACCUAUUUCUUUUUUAUCCUGGAAAUAGGUUUAAACUUAAAUUUACAUAAUGUUUUAAUCUUGCAGGUAUUUUUUAAUGAUUACUUACAUUGUGUAGACAAGUCUAAAAAAACCAGUAUUUGAUAGUGUUACUAUUGCUGUGUGUAAAUAGCUUAAAAACAAAAUAUUUAUCAAAACCUAAACAUUACCUUGGGUUCAUUAAAUUUAAUUGAAAUAGCCAUUGAAUCCUUUCCUAAUCCUGAAAGUUGCACUUUAAGUAUUUAUAACAGAAUUGUAGCCUCUAUUAAUUAUUGCAGCAGUUUUGCUAGCACUUUGUCCUUCCAUAUAUACUCCAAUUGGAAAUCUCAUUAAAGUCAAGUUCUCCCAGCUAUUCCUUUUACAUCUAUGUGCUUUAUUCAGAUUUAUUUAAAUAAGUAUUCUACACAAACUGUAUAAGUUUAUUACACAAUAUUGUUUAUUAAAUAAUCACACAUAAUCUCUUUUUUCUUUUUGAAAUUUUGUCAUUUGUUUUUGGUUUAUAUACAUAUGUGUAUACAUGUAUGUAUGUGUGUGUGUAUUAUAUAUAAUAUUAUGUAUAUAUAAUACACACUCACCCCCAUCCCAAGUGCUUUUGACUGGGUAGAAUCAGUUGAUGCAGUUUUCCAAAUAACUUCAAAGGAUAGCAUUUUAAAAUACUUUACAAGUAAGCAGUCCCCACUUUUUGCUGCAAUACAUUCCUGUAAACCACAUAGGAAAACCAAACAGCAAAAAAGGGAGAAGGGGGCAGGGAUCAUUGCACAUCCAUACAGCUUUGAUUUAAUAGAAAUUCAACCUUACUCUCUCUUGCCACCAGAUGGUGCUUGACUAUAUUCCUGAAACUAAGUUCGUGCCAUCAUAGAUUUAGCUUUAUAAGGGAAACCCAAAAAGGAAUCUGCUUUAUAAAAUGCCCUUCCUCAGUGGUCAUCUUGCCUCGGCUUGAAUAUCUCCAGUGAAGGGAAAUCACCUACCUCCAGAGAUGGCCCAUUCUUCUUGGGGACAGCUUUCUCUACUAGGACAUUUCCCUUAUAUUGAGUCUAAAUCUUCUUUUCCAGGAAUGAGUAAAGUUCUGAAACCUAGGAUUGGCCUUCAGUGAUUUUUAGAAAAAGUAAUCAAUUCAUAGAGAGAAUGUGUUGCAUUGGAAAGAGCAGUGAAUUUGGAGUCAAAGAAUCUGGGUUUAAACCCCAGCUCUACCCUAUAUUAAGCUAGGUGACCCUGGACAAGUCACACCUCUCUUAUCCUCAUUCGUAAAAUGAGGGAUUUGGACUAGAUGGCAUUUAAGAACCCUUUUGCUCUAAAUCUAUGAUACUGUGGAAAGCAUGAGUUUCUUGUAUAUAAUUUGCUGGUCUACACAUUUUAAAAUAUAUACAUUUGUUUUAUUUAAUUACAAUAUGUGUAGUAAUUAUUUAUAAUAAUUAUUGUUGCCCAUUGGUAAUUCAUUUUUCGGAGGUGAGAGUUCAGUGGUGCUAAACAUGACACUAAAGAGACCAUUGUACCUUUGAAAUGCUGAUAAUUUGUAAUCUGUUUCAAAGAUGUUGGUGUUUACCAAUUCUGCCAUACAAAAAUAAUUAUAUAAAUCUGUUGUUCCAUAUUGCUAACUUUAGUUGAUGUAACAUGUUAAUGACCUCUGUUUACAAUAAAGAUGAUAUAAACACAUUUCUGCUAAUUUGUUAAGGGUUAUGUGUUGAUAGGUUUCUAUUUGAAAAUCACAUCAAAAUGAAUAUGAUUAAAUAUAGUUAGAUAAUG